AUGACACAACAAGAAGAACUCUCAACUUCAAUUGGAAUUGAUUUAGGACUUACAUAUUCUUCAGUUGCUUAUUAUGACAUUGUUAGAAAUGAACCUAUCAUACCUCAAGAUGAAAUAGGAAAAGAACAAAUAGCAUCAUGUGUUAGUCUUUCACAACUAAAUAAUAGUGGAUUUGCUAUUGUAGGAAAUUGGGCUAAAUAUGACAUUAAUAAUAGAUGUCUUAUCUAUGAUAAUAAGAAAAUAAUAGGAAGAAAUGAAGAUGAUGUUAGUUAUGAAGAUUAUCCAUUUGAAGUAAAAUGCAGAGAUGAUGGAAGUGCUUAUAUUGAAUGUUAUAAUCCAAAGACUCAAGAAAGUGAAGAAUUUGAACCAGAAGAAAUUAGUGGAAUGAUAUUAAAAUAUUUAUAUGAAAUUGCACAAGCAAAACUUGGUAAUCAACCAAUAUCAAAUGUUGUUGUUACUGUUCCAGUUUAUUUUAAUGAUAAACAAAGAGAAGCAACAUUAUUAGCAUGUAAAUUAGCAGGAAUUAAGAAUGUCUCACUUGCUAAUGAACCAACAGCAGCUAUUGCUGGAUAUAAAAGAGAACAUCCAAAUUCAUUAAAAAAUGGAGACAAAAUUGUAGUAAUUGAUUUUGGAGGAGCACUAGAUGUAACAUGUUGUAAAAUAGUAAAUGAUAAUAUUAUUGUAGAAUCAUCUGGAGGAAAUCAAAAUUUAGGAGGAAAUGAUUUUGAUAAUGUAAUGAUUGAUAUUAUUAAAGAAAGAAUAGAAGAAAGUAUUCCAGGAUAUUAUGAAAAGAAACAAGGAAUGACUCAAAAAGAAAAGAUAGCACUCAACAAGAAAUUAGUUAGAUUAAAGAAAGAAUCAGAAAAAAUUAAAAUUGUAUUAAGUGGUAAGACUGAUGCUGAACUAGAUUUAGAAACUUUGUUAUCUAAUGAUUAUGAUGAUGAAUAUGAUAUUUAUCCUAUUAUUAAGAGA